AUAAUCGCUUAAUAGUUCAUACAAAAUCUAUAUAAUGACUGAUAAAAACUUAAAUCACAUUAACUUUAUGGUGUUAAUUAGUAUGACCUUAUGCCUUAGAUGAAUUAGCUCUUAUCCUCACGAAUUCUGCUGAAUUUCUUGUGGGGGUUAUUGAAGUUUCAGUUUUUAUUUCACAGCUUGCAGGCAAUUCAGUGUUUCAACUUCCAAAUAUCAAUGGCUCUUCAGCUUCAUGUUCCUGUUUGUGCUGGGCUCUUGAAGUCAAGGUCAAGGGUAUGCUCACUGCCACAGCGAAAAGUGAGUACCUUUGCUACUCUUUCGCAACCCCGAAGCGAUUCAGUGAACUGGGUUGAAGCUACAAACACUUUCUUCCUCCAAGACAAACGACCCAUCAUGUUGUUUGACGGUGUCUGCAACUUGUGUAAUGGUGGUGUCAAGUUCGUUCGUGAUAACGAUCGGAAUAAAACAAUCAGAUAUGAAGCUCUUCAAAGUGAAGCUGGUAAAAUGUUACUUAGGAGAUCAGGAAGGGCUCCUGAUGACAUCUCAAGUGUUGUUCUUGUUGAAAAAGACAGAUCAUACAUCAAGUCAGAAGCUGUAUUGAAGAUAAUGGAGUACAUAGACUUGCCCUUUCCUCAGCUUGCUGCACUUCUUAAAUUAGUGCCUCUGUUUGUCAGGGAUUUUGCUUAUGACAAUGUUGCAGACAAUCGUUACAAUGUUUUUGGUCGUUCAGAAUCAUGCGAAAUAUAGCACUGUCUUGCACUAAUAUAUACUGGCAAUAAUAUGCUAUGUUUAGAAAAUAGAGUUCUUUGUUGUUAAUAUCAUUAUAGUACUAUAGUAGUAGAAUAUUCUCAAUUGAAGCACCAAAGUUUCCUCAAAUCUUUCAGUUUAAUUUUUCUGUAUACUGCGUAGCAGGAAGUUUUACCUAUUGAUUUAUAUAAUAUAGAUGGAAAGAAGAAAAUCAAUUCAUAACAAUACUAUUGUUGCAAUUUCAAGUUCAGUCUUGUUCUGAAUAAUAAGGAAGGAUUGUAAAAGUAACAACUAACAAGUGUCAAAUAUAUUAUGUGCUGUAAAUAUAUGUAAAGUAACGACAUGAAAAUGUAUUCCAAUAAGUUUCUGUGUUCUGGUUUAACAAAUAACUUAAACCGAAACCUCAACUAUUGUUCCUACUAGAUCACAAACUGGUCAAUGUCCAUGAACUAGAAGCAAAGAACAUUGUGAAUAAAUGAUAACUAAUGCACUUGAAUACUAUUUUACAUCCCAUAAAUGAGGUCAACAUUAUAUUCAAUAAGUUUCUCAAGCCUUGUAUGUGGGAAGCCAAAGGCAUACACUGAUUUGAUACACGUGUAGCUAGCAAGCAUGUCAAAUAAUUUCAUGCU